AUGUCAGACGCACACUUCCUCACCUCCCCCUCCCCUUCUCCCACCCCACUCUUCCACUGCGACUACAGCGACUGGUCUCCUUCCUUCUCCAUCAUCCCGUCCGUCUACCUGCUGGCCUUCCUGGUCGGUUGCCUCGGCAACGGCCUGGUGCUGUGGGCCUACCUGGACCGGGCUGAUGGGAGGGCAACUGGAAAACGCUGUUGCACCGGCAUUUUCAGAGGCAGCCAGCAGAACAUAAGCGACGCCGGUAGAUCUCCCACCGCGUCCGUUCCCCAGAGGAAGACGGAAAACUGUGGCUCUUCCUCCUCUCACUCCUCCACCUCGUCCUCUUAUCGCCCCUCCAGCCCUCGUCCCUCCCGCUCUCUGACAGACUCUCUCAUAGCCAGCUUGGCGUUAGCCGACCUCUGCUUCCUCGUGACUCUCCCUCUGUGGGCGGUCUACACAGCGAUGGGCUACCACUGGCCUUUUGGGCAACCCCUCUGCCAAAUCAGCAGCUUCCUCACUGCGCUCAACAUGUAUGCCAGCGUGUUCAGCCUGAGCAUGCUCAGUGUGGAGCGGUACUGGGUUCUGACUGGACGCCGGCACGCCAGCCACCGCGCCUCGCAGAGGUGCCCCAGCAGGGCUUUGUGGAUACUUGGAGGGGUGUGGGUGCUGGCGGGGGUGCUGGCACUUCCUGGUUUGCUCCUGCGCUCUGUCAGGGAGGUGGAGGUAGACCUUGAAUCUGAUUAUGACUGGCAGCUGGAGCCGGUUCAUCCUACGACUGACUCUGGAUCAGUCAUCCUCUCCUGCCAAAUGGAUUACUCCAUGCUGAUCGGAGCGGAGGUGGAGGAGGCCGACCGAGAGCAGGCGGGGAUGUGGUGGGCGGCCGCGUUGAGUGUUAAAUCAACGCUCAUCGGCUUCCUGCUUCCUCUUGUCAUCUUGCUGGUCUGCUACUGCUCAUUGGCCCAGCUCCUUAGCAGACAUUUUGGGCGGGGCCCGCGUCCUGACCGAAGGCGCCAGCGAAGACUCCUCAGGGUCAUCGUCACUUUAGUGAUGGCUUUCUUUCUGUGCUGGCUGCCUCUGCAUGUUAAUAAGACUGUCGCCAUGCUGCUGGAGUUUGGUUUUGUCCCACACUCCUGCUCUUUGGAUCAGAUUUUAUUGUCUGCUCAGCCAUACGUCACCUGUUUAGCUUAUCUCAACUCCUGCCUUAACCCUCUCCUGUACGCCGCAUGCGACCCGUCGUUCCGGAAAAGAUGCAGACGAGCUCUUCUCCUGCUGUGCAGGACGAGCAGGAGGGGAGGAGGAGGAGGAGGACGAGAGGGAACGCCGGGAAAGAAAGAUGAAGAAGAGAAAGACGAAAGGAGUUCAGCUUUUCCGUCGAGAACACAAGAGGAAACAGCAGAUAAGACAGAGGGAGAAGAGGAGAUGGUGGGGGCCGUGACUGCUGAGAUUACUGCUUGA